UGCUAGGCCAGCAAGAAAUACACAAUUUUAAAGUCAAUAAUUGUUGGCUUAAAUCUCCAAAAUUAACACAAAAUUUACUAUUGUUUUGCAGUUUAAAAAUACUAAAAUAUAUACGAAUGUGUUGUACUUUUAUAGUACCUGUAAAUAUAGAGAAAAAUAUAUUAUUUCUUUGACUACAGAAGACGCGGUUUUAAAUUUUAUUGGAUAACACUAUUAUUUAGAUAAUAUAACAAGUAGCAGCGUUUGUAAAUAAUAAAAUAUGAGGUGCUACCGAAGUUAUAGUUAUUGCACAUCAAAAAUGCUCGGUGGAGAAUUUAAAGUGUUGUAAAUAAUGCUCGUGUAAAUAGACACCACAACAAUGGGAGAAACUGAAGAAUUCAACACCCUAGCGUUUGAAAAGAAGCUUCUGCAGCUUAAAGAUACUCAAGAAAGCAUACAGGGGCUAUCGUCCUGGUGUUUGAAGCAGAAAAGUCACCACAAGAAGAUAGUUUCUAGUUGGUUGAAUGUGUUGAAGAGAGUGAAGGUGGAACAGAGACUUACAUUAUUUUAUUUAGCUAAUGAUGUGAUACAGUACAGUAAGAGGAAAGGUUACGAGUUUGUUGAUAGCUGGGGUCUUUAUUUGCAAAAAGCAACUCCUCUAGUCAGGGAUGAAAAGGUUCGGCCGAAGAUUUUGCGCAUCUUCAAAAUAUGGGAGCAGAGGACAGUUUAUGAUGAAGAGUUCCUGUCAGAUCUCACUGGGUUACUCAGUGCUGGAGCCACUAAAAAGACUGAUGACGAUCCUUUGGAUUUUCAGCCACAACAGUUAGUGAACAAAAUUAAACAAUGCAAAGUGUUGGAAGGGGAUACUGGAGCAAAACUAAAAACUUUGCUGGAACACGAGCUGGAGUUGUCUGAUGCUGAUGAACUGUGUUCACAUUUAAAAGAUAGGAGUAUCAAACAUGAUGUAAUAAAAGAGUUAAAUGAAGGCAUAUCAUGUGUGGAGAAGUAUACACAGGCACUGCAGAGGGAGAUUGUGGCCCGAGAAACUCUGUUAGCGUUACUAAAUUCCGCCAAUCAGUACUAUUCUACACAACGUGGGGAAGUCAAAGUUGUAGCUUAUGCCUACAAGAACUUUGGAUCAAGAGUGCGAGCAUUGAAGAGGAAACUGGAUGAAAUGCUACCAACAUUACCAUCAGCAGCGCCAUCACCCCCUCCGAGAGACGAGGAUGUUCCGUCCCCUGGGCCUGAUGAGGAUUUGGAACUACCGGGCACUGAGAAUGACAAUGUUGAUGUAUCAUACGACAUAGACCAAACAUUCAACACAUCAAUAUCAGCCGAUGGAUCUCUUUACAACCUGGGUCUAUCGUCUUUCCUCACAUCAGACAAUCCUCUAGCGAUGUUCAAUGACACAAUAGACCUGGAUCCUACUAAUGAGAGCAAUAUAGAGGUGAUAAGCACACGGGGAAAACAAGACAUAAUAGAUUGUAUGUUGAAAGAGGUUGUGACGAUAGAUAGCACAUCACCCGGUAACACUUCAGUGGGCAGCGUGGUGUCGGCGAGCCUGUCGCAGAAGUCUCAAGACGCGCUGCCCGGGCUGGACCUGCUCACGCCCGACAGUACGGGAAUUCCGCCGCCGCCGAUAUCCUUCUACGGAACUAUGAAUUCGCUCAAUGAUGAACCAGAAGUGUACGUGCCGCCCGUGCCCGUGCCCGCGCCUGCGCCCGUACCGAGCCCGUGGGCCCCGCCCCUCACGUCCGCACCGCCGGCCCCGCCCCUCGCGCCAGUCGACCCUCACGCCACGUGGAUACCGCCACCGUCGAGCGCACGCAACGUGUUCGCGGAGCCGCCCGCGUCGCCGCCGCCCGGGCAGCGCGCGCCGCUGGCCCCGCCCCCGCUCAGGCCCGACAGAGCUAAGGAGGCGCCGCCGGCUGACGUUGACCAGCGCGGGCUGCUGCCGCCGCCACCGCCACCGCCCCCCAUACUGCCGCUGCUUGGACAAACCGAGGACGUAGAUCAUCGCCUGCUGCCCCCGACCAACGUGCCGCCGCCGGGGAGGCAUACUGGUCAGCAAGACAUAGAUCACAGGAAUCUGAUAUCACUCACGCAUCAGCCGCCGGUUCAACAGACCCACAAUAACGUGUCUCUGGAUCAGGAUUACCGCGUGCCGCCGCAGGCGCCGACGGACAUCGUGGAAAGUGUCGACAUGGACCUGUCAGACGACGACGAACAAGGUAUGUAUCAGGAGAGCAACCGUCGCAACAGUUUCAACAACAAUAAGGUGUUAGUGGGCGGGGACGAGAUCAACAACAUGAAGAGGCACGACGGGUCGCAAUCCGCCCCUGCUCAGCUCAACGCCCCCGGGCCGCGGUUCCCCCCGACCACGUCCCUCAGCAUGGCCCCGCCCCUCAUGCCGCCCACGGUCCCCCGUAUGGCCUCCACGGCCCCACGCAUGGCGACCGGACCGCCCCCGGGCACGCAAAAUCCGCCCUUCCAACGCGACCACCCGCGUGACAUGCAUAAUCCGCCGCGUGAUAUGAGUAACGCGCCGCGUGACAUGCCUAACGCUCGAGACAUGCAUAACGCUCGAGACAUGCACAAUGCGCAUGACGCACGUGACAUGCACGCGCCCCAUGAUAUGCGUGAUAUGCACGACGCCCCGCCCCGCGGCCCGCACAACGAGGACGGCCUCCUGUGCGGCCCUCCCAACACCCGUCUUCCCCCUCCGUCGAUGCCUCCAGCCGGCCCCAUGGCCCGCGGGCAGGGGCCGCUCGGCCCGAGGCCGCGGUCGGCCCCCGUCGUCCCCCCGCUCGCCAACCCCUUCGAAAACAUGCCGCCCAACCUCAAGUUCAACAUGCCGAACUUCCAAGACCAGAACUACGACGAGUACGACGAGAACGAGGGGUACGAGGAGUAUGACGAACGUCGCGGGGAGAGACGAGAGAGGGAGUCCCCCGAGUACCCGGAGUACGACGAGGAGUGGACGCAGGGUCGCCCGAUGAACCCCCGGUUCCCUCGCAACUGGAGCCCCCGCAACAACUUCAGGCCGAACUUCAGCCCCCAGUUCAGGCCCCGCGGCGGCCCCCGGGCCCCCAACCGCUGGAACGGGCCUCGGGGCCCCAGGCCGUUCUGGUGAUAGUGUCAGUGAUCGUAGAUAGUCUAGAUACAGUGCGUAUGGACCGAGCGAGUGUACUCAGACGUUUUACCCAGUGUAUAAUUUCGCUAUAUUAACAGAUAAAAUUAUGUUUUUUUUCUUCGAGUUGUGUAAGCCAAGCAAAUAUUAUAUUGAGUAUUGUUGAAGUGUUUCUCAGAUUAUUUUAUUAUAUCGCACUGAAAUGUAUUUUUAAAUGUAAGAUCUAUAGUUUGAGCUAUAAUUAGUUGCGUUAUGUAAUACAGCAUUGUAUGCCCUAUAACAUUUUGACUUGUUUCAUAGUGUUACUGCACAUUGUAGAAUUAAAUACUAAGUGGAAUGACAUUGUUUUUAUUUGUGAGUAAAUAAAGUUUGUGGGCCACUGCUUCA